GAAUUACUCACUACAGAAGCUAAAAAACACUCUAAUCUACUUUAAAGUUUCUGUCAAUAUUAAUAGUAUUUGAUCAAAUCAAAAACAAAUACGUGGUCAAACUGGAAACUGUUUUUUGUGCUGCAUUAAACCAAUAAAUAGAGUUGUUACGCGGGUCGAGCACAAGAUGGCGCUGUUUCUCGCGCUUGGUUGUUAGUGUUGUUGCUAGGAUACCAGUUGACCGGAGACGUUGAUGUGUUUGGAUGACUAGUAAAGUAAAAGUCUCUGCCAGCGUUAUGACACAAACGUUUGCAUAGAAAUGUCACACACGGACGAAGAUCAAAAUGGUGAAAAGCCAAACGGCGCAUUCUCCACUUGGAUGGCCGAUGGGGACUGGUUCUACAUUAAGGGAGAGUAUAAAAAGGCUGUAAGCAGCUACACAACGGCACUGACUAUAAAGCCUGAUGACAAGACUUGCUUUGUUAGCCGAUCCAAAUGUUACCUGAAGAUGGGGCAACCUGAAAAUGCUUUAAACGAUGCAGAGGCUUCACUCAAGGCGGACACGUCAUUCUACGAGGGAUUGUACCAGAAGGCAGAGGCCUUGUACUACAUGGGAGAAUUUGAAUUUGCGCUGGUGUUUUACCACAGAGGACAAAAGUUACGUCCACAAAUGCAGGAGUUCAGACUGGGUAUCCAGAAAGCACAAGAGGUUAUAGAAAACUCUGUUGGCAGCCCUUCCUCUUUAAAACUGAAGGUUAAGGGAGACUUGUCAUUUCUCCAAAAAGAUGAGAGGGCACAGCCAAUUGCUGCUAUUCAGAAUCUGACAGUGAAGAAAAAACAGCAGACCCAAAAGACCCCCAAGAGUGAGAGGACAACCAAGCAGCUGCUGGGAGAGUUUUACACUGACAAGAAAUAUCUAGAAACCCUGCUUAAAGAUGAAGAUUUGGUUAAAGGAAAGACGAAAGGAGGGGAACAGCUGCACGACGUCAUUCAGGGAUGCCUCUCAUGCCUCGACUCUUGCACCGAGUUCUGGACCCAGGAGAAACCUCUCGGUGCACAGGAGAAGGAGCGUAAGCUAAGGCAGGACAAAUGUAGCGAGCCCCGUCACGGAGCGCCCUCUGAACCGACUCAGUUUCUGUUGAAGAGCCUGGAUGACAUUGACGCAGAGUUGACAUCUGGAAAUGCAGAAGGUAGUCUCAAGAAGGCAGAAGACGUCAUGAAGAUAGUGCAGGGCUGGUCAGAGGAAGAGGUGCCGAAUAAGAAGGAAGUUUUGGGCAGCCUGCACAGUUGCAUUGGGAAUGCCUUGAUUGACCUGGGCGCCAUGGACAAAGCUUUAGAACAUCAUCAAAAAGACUUGGAGUUGGCUAAACAGUGCAAACUCCCAGAUGCAAUGUCCAGGGCUCUGGACAACAUUGGGCGGGUUUAUGCUCAAGUUGGACAGUUCACACAGGCCAUUGAGUUCUGGGAGGAGAAGAUUCCUUUGGCCCGUGGCGGUUUGGAGAAGACCUGGUUGUUUCAUGAGAUUGGUUGGUGUUACCUCGAACUCAAUCGCCACAAAGAAGCCAGAGACUGUGCCGUGCAUUCAGUUGCUGCGGCCGAUGAAAUUGCUGAUGAGAAGUGGCAGAUGAAUGCCAAUAUUUUGGUGGCACAAUCAGAUUUGAAACUAGGAAACUUUGAAUCCUGUGUGUCCCACUUUGAGAGAGCCUUGACCCAGGCCAAACUGCAAGAUGACGACUCUGCCAUGAACGUCAUUCAGAAGGUCCUGGAUGAGGCAAAGCAGCACCUACCACAGUGAGGAUGUCAUCAGUCAAGAGUUAUGGUGCUUCAAAGUGCUGAUUGAGAGAAACGACCUUCAGAAGACAACAAUCCUCAAAUGAAAAGAGAGCAAUACAAGUCGUCUCCCACACUGAUGAAUAAGACCCAGUAUUCUGCAUAUAGGCCUCUACGUAUGUUUUUGAUUAGUAACUUCUCACAGGUCAAAACAUAAACAGUCCAGUAUGAAACACAAAUAUAAACCAGGCCCUGGAUUUCAGGCUGUUACUUAUUAGAUCAUACUGUGGAAUUAAUAUCGGGAGCGUUGGUCUCAUUCUAGAAAGUUGUUCUCUAUUUAUGUGUAUGUUCUCUGAAAUAAAAAUAUGUAUAUGGGGAAGUGUUUUAAAGCUCUAUAUCUGGCCUGCCUCCUUUUAUUUUUACAGCAUUGCUACUAUUUUCAGUUACAGUCCAAAACUAUUUGUGAGGCUGCAUUGUUGUCAGAAUUCUAUGAAAAACUGAAACAUCUAUUACCUAUCAAAUGCAUUACUUAAUAUGAAAAACAGAGAGGACUCUUAUCACACUUGAUUUUCACACUGCAGCCUGCCAACCAUGAAGUCCUUUAACCUUUUAAUAAGUUAAACACAGAGCUGUACUUGCUGCAGUGAACUUCCCCUUUUCACAUCUUUAUUACAUCUGUCACCAGGCUCACAUGGUGUACUUUGCAUACAGAGGAUUGCUUCCUGCAGGGUUUACACUAAUGUCAGUGUAUAUGGUUUGUCUGUAGAUCACAGACAGAAGUACAAAUAAUGGUCAUUUCCUCUUCAUCCUUGGAGACUGAGCGUUGAGUUACUGCACUAAGUGAGGCAGGUCUGGACCUUAAACUGUUGACCUGGGGUGGCCACUGUGUCGUGUUACCUGACCUGAGGUGAGAGUCUGCAUAUCGAUGGCACCUCCUUUUGUCUGAAAUGUUGAUAAGGAAUGUAAAACAAAGUACAGUAGUAGUUUGGUCAUGUAACUAAACAGAAGUCUUCGUUAAACUUGAGGAAACUUCCGCCGAUACAUUGCUGUAUAUAUUUAAACCACUGUAGUCGUGUUAUUCUUUGUCUGAGGCCUCAUUUGCAGAUAAGAGCGUCAUAAUAUUAUUAAUGUAUUACGGAUUAAUAAAAAUACAUGAAGUGUGAACUGAAAGAUUGGAAAUAAUGGGAAAUAAACAUAGAAUUUAAAAUCUGUAUUGAUGUUAGUGCAGAUGUACAUCAACAUAUAUAAAAAUAAAUACACACAUAAAUAGAAUAAAACCAAAAAAGACCAAAAAAACAUAUAGAAUCAAUACAUAAAUUAAAAAGGUGAAGGAGACAC